AUGGUCAAUUCGAGGCCAUUGGGCCGAGGUCGAGGAGGUCAGUAUGUGAGAGAUGGCACCAACCACAACAAGGCCGUCUACCGCCGUAUUGCACCUGAUCCGAAAGGAUCAGUAGAGGCGAUCAAGCUAUAUUAUUGGGACGACCGUGAUGGCAAGGGAGACCAGGGAUGGUGGUUUGGUCCGAAGGUUUGGAUGCACAACCCAAAGGCUUUGCAAUUUCCUCCAGAAGAUGGAUGGGAUUUCGGAUUGAAGGUUGCACUGAAUCGCCGCGCCCCCGGCGCAGCCCCAAAGGGCAAAGCAAAGGGAAAAGGAAAGGUCUCACCACCUGCACCACCAGCAGCACCAAAAGCAGAAGCUGCGGCACCCUCCAUGCCGGAUGGCAGGGACACGGCAAGCUCCCCAGCGCCAGCCAGCACAGCUGACUCUCCGAAAGCAGCUCCAGCAGUACCGUCAGCUCCUCCAGCAAAGAAGGCAAAAGUAGAGGAAGUUGAGGAGGACCGGUUUGCCGAGCUCAAGACUUGGUUGAGGUCCCUGAAUUCAAACAAACCUGAGCAAAUGAUGGGAUACUACGGCGCCCUGGUCAGUGAGUUUGAUGGAGAUUUGCGACAGAUAGCAGCUGCAAGGAUUGAGGACAAUCCCAAGCCUUGCCGAUUGUGGGUUUCCUAUGCCGUGUGCUGUGAAGCCCCCUGGGCUGCCUCAUUUCCAUCCGUGGCGGCCGUCCCGCGCCAUACGAUCCGCGCGCUGCGGAGUUUCACGCAACGAGCUCGGCCGAGGCGGUUCAUUGCGCAAGUUGGCUACAUCCAACCACCUCACUGUGCAGCACUGCAGGCUGCCACGAAGAAGCAGCAAAAGGUCCGGAAGAAGCAUCAAAAGCGAAAGGCCCGUGCCGAAAGCAAAGUAGAUGCGCUGGCAGAUCGUUUGGCCGGUAUUGCCACCACGGAAGCUGCGAGAGGGGGCACAGUGGAGGCAGAUGACGAGAUGGAGACAAAGAAGCCGCCAGUGUCGCGGCAGGAGUUGAAGAAAAAAUUGAAAGCCAAGAUUGCAGGCCAUGCGCUGGACCGAACACAAGGAUUAGAAAAAGGAGUCCAGGAUAGCAAUGGAUUGAAGAAGCAGAAGCGACCUCCAGGAAAUCGCCGGAAGAUGGAUGUGACGUAG